AUGUGUAUAUUAAAUUAUUCUAGCUAUAAAUUAUUUAUAAUGGAUUUUUCUUAUAAUGGAAAUGAUCCUGAUUUUGAUAAAAUUUUAAAUAUGUUAAAUGAUAAUGAUAUUAAAGAUCCUAUAGAAGAAUUUAAUUGCAAUUAUUAUUAUCCCACAGACAAUAAAACUCCAUCAUCUACAUCCUCAGACUCAGGAAGGUACUCACCAACAUCAAUUGAUUCACAUGAAUUUUCCUCAAACUUCCAAUGUUCUCAACAAAAUUUCUCUUCAACAUUUUAUAAUCAAGAAAGUAAUUUGGGAUAUUCAACUAAUUCACCGGGUAGUUUGUCAGAAUUUACCAAUUCAGAAUAUAUACCUUCUCCCACCACAACUAAUGUUUCAUAUUUUUCACAGGAAACAGGAAAUAUUCAUGAAAAUGCUCCUUUAAAUGUGUCAACAUUUUUACCACAAAAUGGAAAUAUUGUAAAUAAACCAAUUCAAAAUACGAAGACAAAUUCUGUAUCAAAUGUUGUAUUAUUAAAUCCAGUGAAAAUUCUUCAUCCAGGAACUAUACAGGUUCAACCAAUUCAUGUAAUAUCACAACAACAACCACAAGUUUGUUUUGUCUUAGAAGACAACAAUCAAAAAGUACAAUCUGUACAAUCUAAAAAUUUAAAUUUCCCCAAAAAUACCCAUAAACUUCCGACUAAAGAUUUGGUUAUGAGUCAAAAUUCUUCCAAAUUAACCUUAAAUCAAGUAUCGGGAAAUGAGGCAAAUCCAACAUUACAAAAUAACAUUGAUGAGAGUGAAAAUGAAUUUAUAAGGAAACGAGAGGAGAGAAAGGCAAAAAAUAGGAUGGCUGCACAUAUCUCACGACAAAGAAAAAAGAUUGAAUUUAAUGAGAUGCAAAAUAAAUUAAAAUUAGUUGAGGAGGAAAAUAUUCACCUAAAAAGGGAAAAUCUAAAAUUAAAGAGUCAAAUUUUUGAAUUGGAAAAGGAAAAUCAAUCGUUGAGAUGUCCAUCUGAAUAUAAACCAUAUCAUAAAAAAGCUAAACUAGGUGCUUUUACUGCUGUAUGUAUGGUAGGCUUGAUAUGUACAUUUCAAUUUACAAGUUAUUUUCAAAAUCCACAAACACAUAUGCCUAUGCCUACAAAUAACUUUAAAGCUUUAACAACUCAACAAAGGGGAUUGCAAAUUAAAGAAGUUAUUAAUGAUGAUAGUAGUCUUUUAAAAAAAAUGGGAAGAUCACUUUCAGUUAAAAAUAGUACCAAAGAUAUGCAUUUAAUAAAAAAUACUGUAAAAAGUUUUAAUCAAUCAAAAUUUACAAAUUGUAGUCAAUUUUCAAUUAAUGAUCACAAAGUUUUCCACUUAAAUGCAAGUGCAAAAAAUAAGAUUAAUGAUGAAUUAAGUUUUUGGUUUGAUAAACAUGAAAAAGUAUAUGAAAAUGAGGAGACAAUCUUUUUUGAUAAAAUAAAAAAUUUUAAAAAAAAUUUAUACAAUGAUAUGUUAAAUUCUGGAAGAUAUUUGAAAAAAAAAGUUAAAAGAAUAAGUGUUGAGAAGGAGAGUAAUUAUCCAUUAUCAUUACCAAAAAUUGUUAAAAAAAAUAUUCUUAAUACGUUGGUUGAUGCUAUGAAACGGAGAAAUGAUACUAUAUAUGUAAUGCCAAAAAAAAAUUAUUAUUUACUUCCGGCAAUUAAUCGUGACAAUAAUACAGUACCAAAAAUGUCACUUUUGAUACCUUCAGAAAGGAUUUCUAAUUCAAAAUCAAAAUCAGAAAUUACAAUGUUAAAAAUUGAAUGUGAAAUUGUUGGAACAGAAUAUUUUAAUGUACCAAAAAGUUUAUUUAAUUAUGACACAACAAAUGAUGAAAGGCCUGGUUUUAUUUAA